AUUCAACCACUAUUAUCUCAUGUGUUGUUUGCUUUUCGUCUGCGUUCACAUGGGAUUCACUGCUGUUAUUUUUAAAUAGAAUUUCACGUAGCUGUCAAGUCCUGUUUCCCUCUCUUUGGUACAGAAGCUAACACGUCUCUCGCUCUCUCGCUCUCUCGCUCUCUCGUCUCUUCUUCAUUGUCCUUGUUUCUCUGUACUUAGUAAUGGAAGGUAACCAACAUAAAUUGGUGCUGGAGGAGGAGGAGGAGGAGGAGGAGGAGGAGGCGGCUCUGCAGAGCAGGCAGUCUCGGCGGAGCAACAACAAUUCUAUUGAUGCUGUUGUUAUUUCUAGCAAUGGAAAUGGCAAAGGCAUUGUUGGUUCUUGUGGUAGCAGUAACGACAGCAGUAUUGAAUCGGAGAGUAAGACUGCAAAUGGAACUGGAUAUGAAUCUCCUAUUAAAGACGUUGGGGAAGAUGGCAGAUUGCAUAAUAAUAGCGUUUACUUUGAUCAACACCAUGGAAUUUGGAAAUGUCACCACUGCAAUUGGACCUACUGCAUGGGAAGUCUGUUGAUUGAUCAUAGUCAGAAUAUUAAACGGCAUUUGCACAUGCUGAUGAAUGUCAAAACCUUUAAUCAACAGAGACUGUGUUUCAUAAUUGAAAAUAAAGGUACUGAAUCCAUUGAUGGAGUUUUUGAAAUGAAGAGUGGUAGUGUUGCUAGUUCUAUUUCUGGGACAAAUUGCAGAGAUAUGGAUGUCCACAUAAAGAAAGUGGAGGUUCAGAAAAGUCUAAUCAAGGACAUAAAUGAUCAAUAUGGUGAAAAUUUUGAUGAUAAAGGUUUUUCUGGUUCAAGUUUAACACCUUUAGAGGAGUCACAUGAAGAGCAAAAUAUAAAAUCCAAGCCUAUCAACAAUGAAACUAUACUAGAAGGAGAUUUUGAUAAAACAGAAGAAACUGACCAGGAAGAGACAGAAUUAGAUGUUGAGACGGUAUUAGAGAAGCAAAAUACUCAUGAUUUGUAUUGCCCUAACUGCAGCUCUUGUAUUACCAGACGGGUUAUUCUCCGUAGAAGAAAACCAAAAAUUCGAAAUGCACCUCAUAAACCAAAGCACAAUAAAUCAGAAACAGAUUUUCACUCUGAGUUGAAGUCCAUUAAUACCAAUUCAGCCAAUUUUCAAGUUCAUGACACGGUUAACAAUCAAUCAAGUGGUAGUCCAGCACUUGCAGCUGAUGCUAACAAUAGGGACAGGGAACCAGAGAUAUUCAGAUGCUUAUCGUGCUUCAGCUUUUUCAUUCCUACAGGAGAUGGUUUUAAAUUGUUUCGGCAUUUUAGAGAGAGCAAUAUCACUGAGAAUGAAAAUGUGCUAAAUGUUCAAAAGACAACUGCAAUCAACAGAAAUUGGUUCUCAUCCAUUUUUGCAACCGAUAAGAAGAAAAUGACUAUUGAACAAGACAAUUUGGCAGGAAGAAAUGAGACACAAGCUAAUCAAAAUGGUCUUGACUCUUCCAAUGCUUCUCUAUUACUGGGACUGGUAAACAAUGUUGGGAGUACAUCACCGGAGGCUAGAAAAGAGAUUGCAGAUUCUUCAAAACAAGAACAUAGAUAUGUUGAAAAUACAUCAAAAUGUGUAGGAGAGAAAUCAGACAAUGCAGCUGAGAAAUCAGACAUGGGCGGUGAUGCAUUGGACAAUGAUAUAGUGGAUGAUGUUCAACAAUUUAACUCAAAAAGUUCUUCAGAGACUGUGUUAUACCAACAUAGACUUCAUUCAGAAGCAUCUGUUCCUGGCAUUACUGGAGAACCUGCUGAAGAUGCCUCAUCAGGACCUCUACAUGGUGGAGUGAUUUUUCCACCAUCUUCAACUUGUCAGUCUUUAGUGCCUGGGCUGUCACAGAUGGAGAUAGACAAGAAUGUCAACAGGGCAAAGUUGGAAGAACAACUAGUUCAAAUUGAUAUUGUAGAGACGCCAUUUGAUGCUGUGGGAAAGAAGAUUCCAGGGGGAGAUGUGAUAGUUCCUGUUGAACGAAGGUCAGGGGAACCUACAGCUUCUCAGAUGGCACAAAAUGUUGAUGGUUCAACAGAAGUCAGAAGUUCACUACUGAGUGGGACCCACACAUACAUGAGUGAACAAGGAGGUGCUGGAGUUACUGUGGAUAUUUUGAAAAGCAUUGUAUAUGGUGGCUUAAUAGAAUCUAUCACAAGUCUAAGUGUUGUGUCAUCUGCUGCGGGUGCUGGUUCUGCUACAUGGAACAUUUUAGCGCUGGGAUUAGCAAAUUUGAUUGGUGGACUUUUCAUCAUUGGUCACAAUCUUAUUGAUCUGAAAAACGAUGCCUCUGGUGGAUCUUCCAACCAAAUUAAUGAGCAGCAUGAGGACCGUUACCAAGAAACACUAGGACGAAGGGAGAAUUUUUUACUUCAUGCAACUGUUGCUAUUUUAUCAUUCCUUACUUUUGGUAUGCUGCCUCCUGUCGUUUAUGGCUUCUCAUUUCGUAAGAGUGAUAAUAGAGAUCUCAAGCUUGCAGUGGUUGGAGGGGCUUCGCUUGUAUGCAUUAUUUUACUUGCCAUUGGAAAGGCUUACACUAGGCGGCAACCCAAGCGUUAUAUCAGCACUAUAUUGCACUUUGUGCUCAUAGUGGUCAUGGCCUCAGGUGCUUCUUAUAUAGUAGGCGACCUAAUCGCUAAGCUGGUGGAGAAAGUUGGUUGGUCUGAGUCAAGUUUGGUCGUUCCAGAGAUGAUACCAUUGGAGAUGCCAUGGGCUUCCUAUUGAAGUCUUAAGACAUUGAGUCAGAGAAGGUGAGGCAAGCUGGAAUUGUUCAAGGGACUUAUCAUCGGCAAAUGCUUUGUCGUUUCCAAUUAGACAGUAGUUUUGACCAUUUCACAUUUACAUUUUUUUUUUCUUUUUCUAUUUUGUUGUCUUUGCAUGGAUUUAUUUAAGUGAUGAUUGCAAUUCAGAAAUAAAUAACAAUCCGUAUUUGAAAAAAAAAAA